AUGUUGGGGUUCUUCGGUAAAACACUCAAUAACUCAACUGGUAUACCGGCUUGCAUCAGCUUCCAUACCGAGGCCCCUGGUCGAUCCGUCAUCACCGAACUCUCGUCCUUAUUCGCGCUAUCAAGAGGGGUUGAUGGCUAUCCCAACAUUGCGCACGGUGGUAUGACUGCAGUGCUGAUCGACGAGGUCCUUGGUGUCUUGAUUCAGAGAAACAUGGACACAGAACGCGACGAUCCGAUCUUCGAGAUGAACACAGUGACCUCUUCGAUGAACAUUAAAUACCUCAAGCCCAUCAAGACGCCAGGUGUUGUGCUCGGAACUGGGCAAAUCAAGGAAAUCCGUGGCAAGAAGAUCUUGCUUAAAGCUGUUCUUAAAGACUCGGAUGGCGUGGAGCUAGUAACUUGCGACUCAAUAUGGAUUGGGAUCCCUAGAGUCAAGAUGUGA